AGCGGUUGCACCACUUGCAGAAAGAUGCACUUGUCGAGCUGGCAGAAUUUCCGCUGUGUCAUCACCCAGCACGACUCAGCACAAAAAGGAGCCAGUUGAGCAAGUCUGUCAAACGCUGCGUCGACGUUUCUUCGACUCUGCCCCGCCUCCCGGCCGUCUCGGCGAGUUCACCAGAGGAGACCUGCCCCUUUUUUGACUUCGACUCUUCUCCGAAGAGAUCGAGGUCCGUCCGCAGGCUGCUACUAGGGAAACCACGGCGGAGCGCAGAGGCGAGAAAGGCUCAGCAAGGACAACGGGAGCUCGGCCUUAAAAAAACAAACACGAGGCAGGUGUAAACAAACACACACUCCGCUGGAGGCAAGAAAGACUGCGGAGAAGAUGGAGAAGAUGGAGGUUCCGCAGUCCAAGCCGCUGCCCGGGAUGGUCCCUAACAGCGCUGGGGGGUUCACGUGGGCCGUGGACGACAUGAGACGACUCCGCCGGUUCCUCUGCCUGGGCUCAGAGGGAGGCACCUACUACAUCGGCGAGAAGAAACUGGGCAAGGAGAACGCCCAGUGUAUCUCGAGGCUCAUCGGCAGUGGUCGAAGUCGAGAGGUCGUGUCCGAGAUUUUAGACUUUAGUUUGCAGGGCCGGGCUGCGAAACAAGACCUGAUCAUCUUUGCUCUGGCUCUCUGUGCCCGUGGAGACGACAAGGAAACAAAACGGGUGGCGUACGAAGCUCUGAACAAAGUUUGUCGGAUACCCACCCACCUGUUUGCCUUUGUUGACUUCUGUGAGAGCCUGAGUCAGGGAGGAACGGGGUGGGGGCGGGCCCAGCGGCGAGCCGUCCAGGCCUGGUACAACGAGAAGAAGGGUAAGCCCCUGGCAAUCGCGGUGACGAAGUACCAGCAGAGAGGGGGCUGGUCACACUUGGAUCUCCUCCGACUGUGUCACUUGGUUCCGGCCAACGAGGAGGUGGGGUGCGUGUGUCGCUACGUGGUGAAGGGAAUUGAUGUGUGCAGGGAGGGGUUUGCAGGGAAGGGCGAGGCUGAAGUGGACGAGAUACUGGUGUUCCUUGGGGCAGUGGAGGCAGCCAAAUCGGCCGACGAGCCGACCAUCGUAAAGUUCAUACAGGAGAAUGGACUAGUGAGGGAGCAUGUCCCCACAGCCCACCUCAACUCCACUGCUGUGUGGGGUGCUCUACUGGAGAACAUGCCCAUGACGGCCAUGAUCAGGAACCUGGGAAAGAUGUCCUCCAUUGGCCUCCUGAAACCUCUCUCCCCUCAGGCUGCACUGGUCUGCAAUCGCCUCAGGGACACCUCGCUACUCUCCAAGGUAUACAUACUGAGUGAGAGUAAACUGUGCCAUAGCACAGUGGUUUGAGAUUUGCCUUGUGUUGUGUUGUGUUGUAGAUUCGAACCCCUACCAGCUGAGUUGCCUGGUAGCUCAGUUGGUAUAUAGAGCGCUCGCCUAGACUCCAGAGUGUCGUGGAUUGGGUGAUUUUCUCUUGCAGGCCAGGAUCCACCCAUUCAACGUGCUGGUGGCCCUCAAGACCUACCAGAGUGGUCACGGAGACAAGGGAAGCUGAGGUGGGACCCAAACUCUACCGUCUGCGACGCUCUAGAAGAAGCCUUCUACAACUCCUUCAAAUCAGUCCAGUCAACGGGGAAGAGGUUUCUGCUGGCUCUGGACGUGAGUGGCUCAAUGUGCAGUGGUAUACUGGGCUCUGCAGUCGUCACCGCCCGUGAGGCCAGCGCUGCCAUGGCGAUGGUCACCGCCCGCACUGAGGCCAACUACCACAUCGUGGGGUUCUCGUCUCAACUGGUGCCCGUCAAUAUCAACUCCAAAAUGAGCCUAAAAGAUGUGCUAACUACCAUUGAAAGAGUUCCAAUGGGUGGUACUGACUGUGCACAGCCUAUGAUCUACGCCAAGAAGAAGCUACUGGAGGUGGACGUGUUCAUUGUCUACACCGAUUGUGAAACAUGGGCAGGUCCAGUCCACCCAGCAAAGGCCCUCAAGGACUACCGCCAGUCCAGCGGUAUCGAGGCCAGGCUGGUUGUCAGUGCCAUGACCUCCAACGGGUUCACUCUGGCUGACUCUGACGACGCAGGAAUGCUGGACGUGGCUGGUUUCGACUCCGCCGCUCCUGACAUCAUACGGAGCUUCGCAAUCGGAGAAAUUUAGACUGCCAUAGCUCUAGCAUGAUUUUUUUAUUCCAACUCUCUCUGGCUAUAGGCUUUUAUCUAUGCCGCACGCGCUUAUUUUUGGAGCAGGGGGUGGGGCUCGUUACCAUAGUUACACGCGUGUGAAAAAACAAAAUGUCUGCCGGUCUGUUGCUGCAGUAAGUUAUGAGCCGGUCGACUGUGCGUGAGCCGCUCUUUCUCUCCGUGAGCAAGAAGACCCCGUUGACCGUCCACAUAAGGCCAACCUCCACCAGAUCAACUACCAAGCAGGGAGAGAAGGUCAGCGAAAGAUCGUCACGGAGAGAAAAUUUGAGACCAGCGCCAUCAAGCACUUCAAGAUCCUCGCAAAGGAGAGGAGCUGGGCCACAGGCGAGAGGCACUCGAUCCUCGCGCUCCCUCUUCUCAAGAUCAAAGACCUCUUCUCAGUCUCUGCACCCAAAACUCUCCUGGGAAGGGUCUACUCAUCGUCUGGAGAUUCACCCUCCAAGUCACUCUCGUACGGGAGGCAGAAGAGGUGAAGAGGGAGAAAGAGGAGAGGGAUGGGAGCAUGAGAGAGAACACACAACCCUCAGGAUGAGUGACCUCGGUGAAGGAGGAGAAGAAGGAGAAAAGGAGGAGGAGGAGGUUGAAUGUGAAGCUGACGAGCACGCUACUUUCGAGAGCAGGAUUCAGUCGCUGCAGAGCGAAGUGGACACCCUCACCGCAAGACUUGAGGAGGAGUCUCAGCGACACCACCAGAGCCUGCCACUGACGCAGUCUAGUAUUCGUAGACACAAUGAAACGGGAGAGCGCCCAGGGGCUUCCCCGGAGAUGAGGGUCCUGGGGCAGGUGGCCUCGCUGAUGAGUUCGCAGCUGGAACGCCAGCGGAGAGAGGAGGAGAGGGCGGUGAGACAGAGGAAGGAGGAGCUGGUGAGGCGACUGGAGGAGGUGGAGAGGGAGGGCUGUGCCGUGAGGGACCACGUGGACCAGCUCCAUGCUUCCCUCAAGAAACUGGGGAAAAGGCAGUCCACGUGUGCCGUUAUGUCCCAGCUCGGAGGUCAGAGGUCAAAGUUAAUGGAAAGCGUGACAGAGUUCAAACGUGGCAGCCGGCACCUGAGAAAGUUGCUGAAGCAGCAGUUGGACCACGAGAGUUGUCCAGACCAUCUCACUCGGUCUGCCACCACCGCAGAUCCUCAUCUUACACUACAUACGCAGAGUCUCCAUGACGAGAUAGGGAGGAGAGAGGUGGAGCUACAGUCACUGAUGAUGCACACGCAGAGUCUGGAGGAGCAGCUGGAGAAGAGAGACCAGGAAUUCACUGACCUACAGACCGACCUCCAUGAGUACAAGAGGAAGGCUGGGCAGGAGAAGGAGGCCCUGAAGAGAGCGGCUAAGCAGCACAGACAGAGGGCCGUGGAGAGCGAGAAGACUGCGGGACAGCUGGCGCAGGAGUUGGAGGAGACGAGGAGGGAGCUGACGCAGAUGGGCGACGAGAGGACGCGGCAGGACACAGAACUCUCUUCUCUCUCCACGAGAGUGAGAGAUUUGGACAACUGCCUCACUCAGUCCAUAACUACAGCUGAGAGUGCAGUUGGAGCAGUGAGUAGGCAAUUGACAGAGAAGACGAAAGAGCUGAACCUUCUGCAAAUGGAGAAUGAUCGUCUCAAGACAACUCUCGAGACAAUAGAAGGAGCUCUCAAAGCCAUGGAACAAAACUCCUCCAGAAAGAUCACGAGUCUAGAGGAGGAGCUGGCUCAGACACGAGCCACCAGUUCUCAGUACGAGGCUCUCAGUCACGAGUACAAGGCCCAGCUGGAGAGGAGUCGGCUGGAGACAGAGGACGCUCAGACGGAGCUCAGGAGGAGAGAGAGAGACUUGGAGAGACUCCAACAGGACACCUCCACUGAGAUGGAGAAGUGCCGGCUGAAGUUUGAACAGCAGCUAGCCGAGUUGGAGCCACUCCCACAACUACUCAAGAUGAGUGAGCAGAGAGUGCAGGAGGCCCAGCAGAGAGCAAGUGUGUGCGAGCAGAGGGCAGUGGAGCAGUCUAGACUAGCCGACGAACUCUCCACCAAGUACGAGAGACAGGCUGUGUCCCUGGAGGAAAUGAGACACAAGUGUCUGGAGAUGGAGGCGGAGAACAGGACCCUCCUGGCCAAGCUGGAGACUGCCAACAGGAGGGUGGAGGAGUCGGACAGUCAUAACAGGGACCUGGUGGCCACUGCCAGACACAGAGAAGAGAGUGUCCACAGACUACAGAGUCAGCUAGAGGAGAGCCAGACAACGGUGGCCUCACUGCAGGCCCAGCUCCACAGCGCAGCCAGCGAGUCACGUCGGCAGCAGGAACAUAUCAAGGACAAGGCAGCUGGCAAGGAGCGAGCGCACGCGGGCAGGAUAGAAGACCUGGAGUCGCAACUGACCAAAUCCAACAGCCUCAACAACCAGCUGCGCCGGAGCAAAGACGAGGCAGAGCGGCUCCACAAUUCCCGGCUCCGCUCACUCCAGGAGCAACUGGACACUACCAACGCCAGCAGACGCAGCAUGGAGACCUACAUAAACUUCCUGAAGGUGUCCUACUCUUCCCUCUGCUCUGAGGCAGGCGCACACACCGCCCCACCUUUCCACAUGCUCAGCUGAAGUUCCCAAAUGAAUUUCCUUUGACUGACACGGUGGGAGCCUGCCAACUCAAUUGACUUCAAAAGAAACUCACACUACAAAUGUGGUUGACCAAUACGGUUGUGUAUAUAUCGUGUAUAACACAUCUUAUCGCUUGUAAACAACGUGUUACAACUUUAGUCUUCGUGAAUUUGCUUGCGCUGGUCUGAAAUGUAUUUUUGUAAAAAAACUUUUUUGACUGGAGUUUUGUUUUGAGUUUAGAGAAAUGAGUGAAGGAAUUGAGGGUGAGAAUAUAAAAGACAAGGAAAAAAAUCGGGAAAAAAGCAUAAAAGAAGGGGAAUAAUAGAAAAGUCGUUGGAUAGUUGGCGUCAUAUAAAAGUACAUGAGAAAGAUUUGUAAAAGAGAAAAGUUACCACACACAAAAACACACAAACACAAAAAAUGAGUGUCUAAGGUCCCGACCACUCCACACGUUUGCUGAAGGACAUGACCUCGACUGGUGAGAAGUAGUGCUGAGGGAUCUUGAUGUGUUUGAUGGUGC